GUCUUUCUCAUGUUCUUGUCCUUCAACACACCUUCAACCUGGUACACGUGUUUACAACGAGCAGGUCAGUGGUGCAUUGUUCUCAAUUCAUGAUUUCGGAUGCUUUCACCCUUCCGGCCCAUAACGAAAACUGAAAAGGUGUGUAGUGUAGAAAACUUCCCAUCGAGGUACGCACGCCUCCAAAGAGAGAAGUUGAAAGCUCAGAAAUACUUAGAAAACCUUCGUUAUAUUUCUAAGGCGCCUCAAUAACGAUCGCAAUUCGUCGGCAGGACCGAACGCACUUAUUCUGGCAACUCUUGGAAGCAUUGUCGCUCAUUUCAUGUGGACAAUUGAACACCGGGAUCUCACAGGAAAGUCCGCUGAUAACAUAAGGCUAUAACCAGCCGCCAUCUCAACCGUCUCAGACCGAGCGUAAAGCCUCAAUUGUUAAGCCUAGCUCUGCAGGCAUGUUCAACAACUUCUCUUCUAAUCCGAGUUCGUACAACGAGACCCGGGACGAACUCAAGAAGGAGGUGACGGGAAAAGUUGUUUACAAUGUCAAUUCCAUCAUUGAGCAUUUCAUGAGGAUCAACGCAAAUACCAAGUCGGAGCAGGGAGGAGACCUCCCAGAUUCCAGGAUCGCUCAGUGUAUCGCACAGAUUGGGACAGGGGAUCUGAUAACCCUGCAUCAGAUAGUCGACGAUUCGAAGCAGAAUGAAAGGGCUAUGUAUGGACCUCUGGAAAACAUCAUGAACGCGAUUGGAGAUUUCUUUGCCCCUCAGGGACGAGCUCCGAAGCGGUUUGUACAGCAGUCCGGCUUCACUCAUGUAGACGAAGUUGUUCAACAGAUGGCUUUUCCGCCUCGUUUCCCCGACUUCUUAAUGCUUCCGGAGAAACUUUCAUGGCUCUCACAGAAGCCAGAUAAGGCUCAUUUGAAAGUUUCCUGGAGCACCACCGAAGCUCUCGUGGAGGUCAAACAUUCUGCUACCAAAGGCAGUCCUUUCUACGCCCGACAAUCUCAGCAAGAGACCGGGGUGAAGGGGAUUAUCGCCCAGACUGCCGAUUACGUUCGCCUGCGUCUAUCUGCACGCCCAUUCCAACUUUACACCCUCGCAUUCCUCAUAUACGGUGCUGAAUGUUGCAUUGCAAUUUAUGACCGUUAUGGGGUAUUGUUAUCCCCUGGUUACAAGGUCUACGAGCGUGUGGUUGGUCCUGAUGGGAAUUUCGACUAUGAAUUGUCUUACGAUUUCGUGCGUAUCUUAGCGAGACUCACCUGUGGCCUGUCUGCCGAGGAUUUUGGAUCAGACCCCACUGUAGAAUUGAGGAGUGGUAAUCCGCAGAAGCCUCCGUCAUAUUCCGUUGGAUACAAACCCUCUGCUUCCAUAAUCCCCGCAACUCCCCUUACUGGUCCGAACGCUCGAUAUAACACAGUUGGUUCCCCGAUCUGGUCAUCGUUAUCGUUGCUAGGACGUGGAACGUCUGUUUGGUAUGUCAAAGAUCCCACAGGAGUACGUAAAAAGGUGGUGAUGAAGAGCGCGUGGAGAGCGGGGUCUAGAACACCGGAGUCAUCUAUCUAUGAAUACCUGAAGCAAACGUUGAAGAAUCUCGACGGAAUAGCAGCGUUUGUUGAAGGCCUGGACGUCUACUUGGAUCAACAGACACCUAUGCGCGUACAAAAUCUCCGCAUAGCAAGGUUCAAUUAUCCGGUCGCAGGUACCGUUGCGGAAACAAUUCCUUUCGAUGAGGACCCUGUACUCCAUCGUUUGAUACUUGCUUCUGUUGGGAAGCCUCUUUGGGAGUACGAGACACCGCUUGACUUUGUUCAAGGGUGCAUAGCCGUUGUUUCUGCUUUGGAACGCCUAGCAGCUCACGACAUCCUCCACCGCGACGUUAGUCCGGGAAACGUACUACUUGCUGCUGACGAGUCACCACGAAAGAAUAACGAAGGAUUCUUGUCCGAUCUAGAGUUUUUAUACAUUCCCGGAAUGGGGGACACUGUCGACCCACAACCAACCGGGAAACUCCCUGAACAUGUGGCAAGACCUGAUGGUACGCUGCAUCGUGUGGACGAAAUUCGCAAUGACGACAUUCCCCAGCUGGGGAGGCAUUAUAUAUACCCUCAAGACGCGAAACCCGAGCCGAAACCUCAAGGUCCUCCUAUCACAGGUACAGCUCAAUUCAUGGCUGUUGAGGUCUUGGAUCAUAUCGUGCAGUCAGACACUAGCUUCAAUCGCACCCCUCUCCACGAUCUGGAAUCCUUCAUAUAUGUGCUGGUUUACGCCUUGCACCGCAGAGCAUACGAUCGCGCUCAGAAUUCAGAUACCAGGAAGGCGAUAGGAAGGGUGUUCACUAACUACUUCGCACAGACAAGCCAUACAGCCAUUCGGGAUGUCCGCCGCUCAAUGUCAUCUCGAGCACUCACGAGCAAAUCUGCACUUAAAAUAUUCAGCGAAGAAGUGGCCAAUGGUUCCCAUUUGGUACUCUGCGCGUUGUUGACUCAGCUCUUGGCAUUAGUGAGGCGCAGGUUAAUGAGGGCCGAUGGAGAUACUACUAUCGAACGGAUGGCCGAAAUGACUGAAGGAUUACCCCCGAAAGAGCAGAGCAUGAUGAACUGGAUAGAAGAAGCUGAGCAACUUGAAGAAGGGCCUACUCGAGCUCUGUCCCAUGACGCUGUCCUUAAAGUGUUACGCGGACUAGAGCGUAGGAUGAGAGUGGUGUAAUACAGCUAAACGCAGAACGAUAGGCCCCUGGUCAAAAUUUUCCGCACCUGUCGCUUAGUAGACGAACGUAGCCGGCUUGGUUCCGUCGUUGUGAUUCACUGUGACCACACCUGUGACCCUCUCCCCCUCUCUCUGUAUCGAAAUAACUGAGUAGUACAUACUUAGUCUGUUAUAGAAUAUAUCCAUUAUAGUAACAUGUCUAUAAGUAAGCCGCAGUGGUCACUGUUACACUCCCCGAGUCUACUUCGAGUGUUCACUGAUGAUGGGGCUGUUAUAAUUAUACUAUUCUGAUGUGGCCGCCUUUCACAUUCAAUCA